GCGCACCAGCGGCGGCUCAGUCCGAUAUCGACGUUCGUACGAGGCGCAUAUUCAGCCACAAGCCGCACCGUGGUAGCGAAAAUUUUUGCGCGGGCUCGCCGUGUCACACGUAUAAACGUACUUUGAUUUUUUUUGUGACGACGAAAAAACAACAACAACAACAACAACGACAACAACGAAGCAUAAAACGCGAAAAACCAGCAGCGGCUGUAGUUGCGAAGUGGUACACAUGGGUACCAAAUACUUCGGAGAUCCUGCUCCUAAACGAGACACGCGCGUCUGCCGCGACGUCAAUUUCGCUCGUCCGAAGACUAUCGAGUUUAAAUAAUCAAAUCUGCCGCGCGACGGUGUGUCAAUUCCCACGGAAAAAAAAAAAAAUUUGAAUCCCCUGUUGUAUAUCGAAAAAAUUUGCAAAAAAAAAAAACAAGAAACAAAACGACGACGCGAAGAACGACGAAGAGAGGCGCAAACGCAUCAUCACGUCGACACGAACACGUCUUCCUCGCGCGCGCGAAGCCGAGCCGGGAGGGAGACUAAAUAUGAAGCUGAACUCGUGACUUCCAAUUGCAACCGAUCGUAAAAUAUAUACACAAAGCAAAAAAAAAAAAAAAAACGACAGCGACUCCAAACGAAACCGAUCCAAUAUAUAGGAAGUUACUAAGACGAUUCUAGAAUUGAUAUGUUGAUCUUGGCCAACGCUGGAGAGAAACGCUCGCUUUAAAGAUUGCGAACGAGAAUAUUCUUCGACAGGAAAGAAUUGAGAUCGGCAAGGAAUCUUGAAUAUUUCGCACGUCAAUCGGCUGGUAAAGCCGGGGAAGAUUAAUUCUCCUUAUCUAUUUUUCUUUCUUUCUUUCUUUCCAAUUCCUCUCUCUCUCUCUCUCUCUUUCUCUCCUCCGUCUCUUUUCCUCAUUCGGAUAUCUCGCUUCCGCGCGAAGAAUCGAUCGAUAUUUCGUCCCGACUGUGGCUAUUAACGACACACACGCGUACCUUCACACUCCCCUUCUAUCUCAUUAAAUUCUUCACGCUACGAUUGCUUCCAAACGUAACGUAAGGUGCGCGCAACCCUCUCCGUGCAUCGCUUCUUCCAUCAAUGUCAAUCGGCGCGCGCUAGCUCUCGUUAUCGGUCGUCGAUAUCCUUCGAAAACUCACGUGAUAGGAGGUCGCGCGCGGAUAUCCACAUCGUUAUAACGACGCGGCUCGAUUUUUUAUUGGGUCACCCACGAGUCCACCCGAGAGUUAGUUUCGGAUAAAAGCCUAUGACGUAUCCGUCACACCUCGCACCUUUUCCAUCCCGCUCGCUUGUACGCGAUCGCGUGUACGAACACAGUCAAUAAGAAGUAUCAAGAAUACACACAUCACGCGUAUCAGACGAAGGCGAACGAAAAUUCGCUAUAUACAUAUAUAUAUAUAUAUAUAUACAUACAUAUAUAUAUAUACAGAAAGAGAGGGAGAGACUGUUCCUUUUUUCUCUUACCGAAGAAACGUACGUAUAAACAACAAAGCGAUUUGAUAUCGGCCGUAUCUGUUCGAAGCGAGGACCGAUCUCGGUAAUUUUUAUGUACACGACGAAUAGUGCGCGAGGAGAUUGCCGAUCCUGAGAUAAAAUCAAGAUACAAAAAAAGUGAACAGACAGAAAAAGAGAGAGAGAGAGAGAGUAAAUCCGCCGCGUUUUACCCCGUCGACCCGCGUGUUAUCCUUCGCUCCGGAAUCGAUGAACGUCGCGGCGGUGGUGUAGUAAAGUGAUAAAGAGAGAGAGAGAGUGAAAGAGAAAGAGAGAAAGAGAUAAGGACUCGUUUACGCGGACGCGAAAAACACACGCGUGUUUUUCUCAAAACACCGGUAAUUGAAGGACAUUGACGGAAGCGGGAGUGUGUGCUACACACGCAAGAAAAGGGAAAUAAACAGAGCGGGAAGAUUGGAGUAGAAGAAGUAGCACGUGGGGAUCGCGAGAGAGAUCAGCUUCAACAAACAAACACACGACGAAAGCCACCGUCCAGGCGAUCUCAAUUAAGUUACAACAUAUAUCCACAACGGGAAGGGUGGAUCGAUUCCUUUUCCAUUCGGCAAGACUUACGGGAGAAUGGUAGUCAAGACUGAGACCGCGAGAAAUGGGCACGAGCUGGCUCCCUUGAAUGAUCGUCAACCUAACGCCCAGAACGUGACGAUCGUGGUGUCGGCGACAAAUCAAAAUGCGACCAGCAGCCAGGAGACGAAGGAGGACAACAGGGCGGCAUGGAGCGGAAAGAUGCAAUUCUUUCUCAGUAUUAUCGGAUACAGCGUGGGUCUGGGCAAUAUCUGGAGGUUUCCUUAUCUGUGCCAACAGAACGGAGGUGGUGCCUUCCUCAUCCCUUUUUUCGUGAUGCUCAUCUUGGAGGGUGUACCCCUCUUUCUAAUUGAACUGGGCCUCGGACAGCGCAUGCGACAGGGUGCCCUGGGCGUCUGGAACACUAUACAUCCCUGGUUAGGCGGAAUAGGAAUCGCGUCUUGUAUAGUCACGUUCUUUGUCGCGCUUUACUACAACGUAAUUAUCACCUGGUGCUUCUUCUACCUCUUCAACUCGCUCGAGGCUGUCACGAUCAAAUUCGGUGAAUCACUGCCGUGGGCAAAAUGCCCAGAAUUGGACGGGAAACCAGUCGAAGAAUGUGUCAAGAGUUCGGAGACCGCAUAUUUUUGGUACAGGACUACUUUGGACGCGGCACCGAGUAUCGAAGACGGCCAAGGUCUCAAAUGGUGGAUCGUAAUUUGUCUCUUGCUCAGCUGGAUCGUCGUAUUCUUUAUCGUCAUGAAAGGAAUACAAUCGUCCGGCAAAGUAGUAUACUUUACGUCCAUGUUCCCGUAUCUCGUACUCACCAUUUUUUUCAUUCGCGGGAUAACGUUGAAAGGUGCGAGCGCCGGACUGGCGCACAUGUACACACCAAAGGUCGAGAAACUGUUGGAGCCUAUGGUCUGGCUUGACGCGGCGACCCAGGUCUUCUAUAGCUUCGGGCUGGCGUUCGGUUCCUUGAUCGCGUUCGGCAGCUACAACACACCCGACAACAACUGCGUGAGGGACGUGAUCCUGGUGAGCGUGUGCAACGCGUUUACUGCCAUUUACGCGAGCGUUGUCAUUUUCGCCAUUUUGGGGUUCAAGGCAAUGUCGAACGUGGAGAAGUGCGUCGACAGCGCGAGGGACACCUUAGUAGAUAAUGGGCUGUUGACUAAUCUGACCGCGUUUGGUCUCGAGGACUACGAACGCUUUAUGAGUACUUUCAACUCAUCGGCAAUGAACUUCACGCUAAAAACAUGCAGUCUCAGCAACGAGUUGGACAACGCUGCCGAGGGCACCGGACUGGCUUUUAUCGUGUUUACACAGGCAAUCGUGGAACUGCCGGGUGCGCCUUUUUGGUCUUGUAUUUUCUUCAUGAUGCUUCUGGCCCUUGGUCUGGGCUCGCAGAUCGGAAUACUCGAGGGUAUGCUGUGCGUAAUUUUCGACAUAGAUCUCUUCAAGAGAAUAAAAAAGCAAUACAUGACGGGAGUGGUCUGCGUCGUGUGUUUCUUCGUGGGGCUCAUUUUCUGUACCGGUGCUGGAGAGUAUUGGCUGAAGAUGUUUGACAGCUUCGCUGGUACCAUCGGUCUCGUCAUGGUCGCCCUCAUGGAAAUGAUCUCCGUCAUCUUUGUGUACGGUCACGAGAAAUUCACGAAAGACAUCGAAGAGAUGACCGGAUACAGACCGGGAGCUUAUUGGCAAGUCACGUGGCGGUUUCUCGCUCCCAUAAUAAUGGUCUGCAUUCUCCUGUCUAGCAUCGCAUCCAUGUUCAUCAAGAAACCGCAAUAUUCAGCAUGGAACGCCACAUUGGGUGUUGCCGAGCCAACGAGUUACCCCGGCUGGGUGCUGGGCAUCGCCGCCGCCAUAAUUUUCGCGGGUAUCGCACCGAUUCCGAUCGUGUUCCUCUUGCGACGAUUCCAGUGCGUGAAACUCGACGUGGACAUACAUCAAGGCAGCAUUCGUCGCAUCGAUACCACCGUUUCUACCAAAGAGAUGAUGGGUGACGUUGACCUUGAUGAGUAUCACGAUCGGCUCGAGGACUUCCCGGAAGAGGAUGAGGAUGUCAAUAGCGACGAUGAUAAUAACGCCGCACCUCCCAUGGGUAAAAUAAACAAGGCGAUGCAGGGUAGGGCCUUCAAAAUGGAGGUGAUGAACUUUUAAGAGCGCGCAUAAUAAAAUCGACGUGAUUUCUUCCGUUUGCAAAUUGUUCGAAAAUCGAAACUAAUAACACAAGAGAGAUUGGCAGUGAUUCUACAUGCAUAAAGACCAAAACAAAAAAAAAAAACAAACUAAAAAAAUAUGAUGAUCAGUAUUUGUGCGCGAUGUAAGCAAUAUAUCGCAUUUUGUGUAACUUAUAAUAAAACAUACUUCCAAAACAUGGUCGUUUGUUUGCAAACGCUUAGAGAGUAAAGAAAGUGAUAACGUGUAUAUUUUAGAUGAAAGUGCGUUUCGCGCCGCCGCCGGAGCGAGAGAAAGAGAAAGAGAGAAAGAGCGUUGUUAUCUUGAAAAUAACGUUUUCCGUAACAUAUUAGUCGUACACACUCUUCGAGAAAUUUAUUUAUUGCGAGCGAAGAUAAAUCUUGUGUGUAGAUUUUCGUUGUGAAAAGAGAUUAAAUAGAAAUGAUCUAUUUUUGUAAUGAGAUUAAGUUUGACUUUAAAUCUCUCUGAUUUAAAGCUUGGUCUUUAUAUGUACAGUCAUUGAAGUGUGUCGGGGCCGUGCGUUCUUAAAGAUGGAUAAAAACCAAAAUAUAUAUAUACAUAUAUAUACCGGGAUAACGAACAACGAAUAAAAAAAAAACAAAAACAAAAACAAAAAACAACAAAUGCGAGAGAUCGAAAUUCAUCUAAAAUCUUCGUCGAUAUGUCAUCUCUCACGAGCGAGAAGCAAACCGAACAACACACGAAAUUGAAACACGCCGAUUUCGUUCGUAUUGUUGGCAUACGCGUCUUUCAGAGAUUUGCAUUGUUCGUUGUUCGCUCGUUCGGUAAUCGUACGUUGAAACAAAUGUAAAAGAUGUGUCGAUCGAUCAUUUCGUGUGUAUAUAUAUAUACAUAUAUAAUAUACACGUAAGAUAGAUACGUAGGAUAUGACCGUGUAAAUUCGCUACAAAUCGAGCUCAAUUUGUCAGAAAGAAGCGCCCGCACCACAAAGCAAUAUACGGAAUAUGUUUUUAGAGAGAUGUAGCGCGCGUGCUAUCUUAAUUGUCACGCUUUCGAAUGAAAUCGCGCGCAAAAGUCAAUCCAGAUUGAUCGCGGUAGCUAGACACGUAGCGGAGAACAAAAAAAUAGCGAAGAGAGAAUAGCUGGCUUUUUUUAGUUGUAUACGUCGCGCGAUGCGAACGCGAGAUAUCGUUUUUUGGUUUCGUCCGAAAUCGAAUUUUAGUUGAAAACGGCGAGAAUUUGUUUGUUUGUUUGUUUUUUUUUUCUUUUUUUUUUUUAAUUUUAGAUUAAUAUACAUACAUAUAUAUAUAUAUAUAUAUAUAUAUAUAAAUAUCUAGUUUGAUCUUUCCAGUGAAAGAGACGUCAAAGAGACUAUAGACAAUAAAAAAAAAAAAAACCGAAAACGUAGUCGAGUUGUUAGUCAAACACAUAGACGGGUUUGCUCGCUCGCUCGCUCUUUUUACACGGCCCCGAUCAAAUAUGUGCUUUCAAUUCCUCCGAGGUUCUACCUUUCGCACGUUAUUGCCGCAGCUCAAAAAAAAAAAAAAAAUUAAUCGACCUUGCCAUCGAGAAACUGUUCCAAAGUCUCAAGUAUUA